UUCCGCCGUGGCGUAGGUAGGAGGCGCAGCCUGUCACUCAUCGAAGAGGGACUCUAAACAGUGAGCAAGGCAGACGAGGAGCCCGGUAACCGGCGGGGCAGCCGGUAUUGUGAAAACAACUAUGGCUACAGAAUCUCCACGAAGGCCCAGCCGAUGUACAGGGGGAGUUGUGGUUCGUCCUCAGGCUGUAACGGAGCAGUCUUAUAUGGAGAGUGUUGUGACUUUUCUUCAGGAUGUUGUGCCUCAGGCUUACAGUGGUACACCUCUCACAGAAGAAAAGGAGAAAAUAGUAUGGGUCAGAUUUGAAAAUGCUGAUUUAAAUGAUACAACAAGGAAUAUGGAAUUUCAUGAAAUACAUGGCACUGGAAAUGAACCACCUUUGCUUGUAAUGAUUGGAUACAGUGAUGGAAUGCAAAUUUGGAGCAUACCUAUCAGUGGAGAAGCCCAGGAACUUUUCUCAAUUCGACAUGGCCCAGUUCGAGCUGCUCGGAUCUUGCCAUCCCCACAGAUAGAUUCACAGAAAUGUGACAACUUUGCUGAGAAGAGGCCUCUGCUUGGUGUUUGUAAGAGUAUUGGAUCUUCUGGUACAAGUCCUCCAUAUUGUUGUGUGGAUUUACAUUCCUUUCGUACUGGGGAGAUGGUGAAGUCCAUUCAGUUCAAGACACCCAUCUAUGACCUCCAUUGCAAUAAACAAAUCCUCGUUGUAGUCUUACAAGAGAAAAUUGCUGCCUUUGAUAGCUGCACUUUCACAAAAAAAUUCUUUGUUACAAGCUGCUAUCCUUGUCCAGGGCCAAACAUGAAUCCCAUUGCUCUUGGAAGCCGCUGGCUUGCAUAUGCAGAAAACAAGCUGAUCCGGUGCCAUCAGUCCCGUGGUGGAGCCUGUGGAGACAACAUUCAGUCCUACACUGCCACAGUCAUUAGUGCUGCCAAAACUCUGAAAACUGGACUGACAAUGGUUGGGAAAGUGGUUACCCAGCUGACUGGUACACUGCCUUCGGGUGUAACUGAGGAGGACGUUGCCAUCCACAGCAAUACUCGUCGAAGUCCUCUGGUCCCAGGAAUUAUCACAGUUAUUGACACGGAGACAGUCGGAGAAGGACAGGUGCUUGUAAGUGAAGACUCCGAUGGCAAUGGCAUUGUGGCCCAUUUCCCUGCCCAUGAAAAGCCUGUUUGCUGUAUGGCUUUUAACACAAGUGGUAUGCUUCUUGUCACAACAGACACACUUGGUCAUGAUUUUCAUGUCUUCCAAAUCCUGACUCAUCCAUGGUCUUCAUCACAGAGUGCUGUCCAUCAUUUAUACACCCUUCAUAGGGGAGAAACUGAAGCCAAAGUGCAAGACAUCUGUUUCAGCCAUGACUGUCGCUGGGUCGUCGUCAGCACGCUCCGUGGAACCUCUCAUGUUUUUCCCAUCAACCCUUAUGGUGGCCAGCCCUGUGUCCGUACACACAUGUCACCCCGAGUUGUGAACCGCAUGAGCCGCUUCCAGAAGAGUGCUGGCCUGGAAGAGAUUGAGCAGGAACUCACAUCUAAGCAAGGAGGCCGUUGUAGCCCUGUUCCAGGCCUGUCAAGCAGUCCAUCUGGCUCACCUCUUCAUGGAAAACUAAAUAGCCAAGACUCCUACAACAAUUUCACCAACAACAACCCUGGCAAUCCUCGGCUUUCCCCACUCCCUAGUUUGAUGGUAGUGGUACCUCUUGCACAAAUCAAGCAGCCAAUGACAUUGGGGACCAUCACCAAACGCACAGGGCCUUAUCUGUUUGGAGCGGGGUGUUUUUCCAUAAAAGCUCCAUGGAGUAAUGGAGCAGAGAACAUGAAUGACGUUGUCCAAGGAAGUUUUGGCUUUUGCAAAGUUAAACCACCUCCCCAGAUUUCACCCAGCAAAUCAAUGGGAGGAGAAUUCUGUGUGGCUGCCAUCUUUGGAAUGUCCAGAUCCUGGUUUGCAAAUAAUCCUGGUCUGAAACGAGAAAAAGAUCAGUCCAAACAGUUUGUGGUUGAGUCCUUAUACAUCAUUAGCUGUUAUGGAACUCUGGUGGAGCAUGUGAUGGAACCUCGGCCACUCAGCACUGCCCCCAAGAUCAGUGAUGACACUCCCCUGGAAAUGGUGACAUCUCCCCGGGCCAGCUGGACUCUAGUAAGAACACCUCAGUGGAAUGAGCUGCAGCCGCCUUUUAACGCCAACCACCCUCUACUCCUGGCUGCAGAUGCUGUGCAGCACUCUCAAUUCCUGCUCUCCGGCUUAGUUCCUCCUGGAAGUCCUGGACCCAUUACACGUCAUGAAUCCUAUGACAGUUUAGCCUCAGACCACAGUGGACAAGAGGAUGAAGAAUGGCUUUCCCAGGUUGAAAUUGUGACUCACACUGGACCCCAUAGACGUCUGUGGAUGGGUCCCCAGUUCCAAUUCAAAACCAUUCACCCUUCCGGCCAAACCACAGUUAUAUCAUCAAGUUCCUCUGUGCUGCAAUCUCAUGGUCCAAGUGACACUCCCCAGCCCCUUUUGGAUUUUGAUACUGAUGACCUGGAUCUCAAUAGCCUCAGGAUCCAGCCAGUCCGCUCUGACCCAGUCAGCAUGCCAGGGUCGUCUCGUCCCGUCUCUGAUCGAAGGGGAGUUUCUACAGUGAUCGAUGCUGCCUCAGGUCUUUAGUGGCCAUGGUUCCUGAGAAGAGAUGGACUGCAGCACCUAUUGAAGCAGUUGCUAUUUCACACCUCUGCAAAGGGUGCUUCCUGGGAGGAUGGAUCUGAGCCUGGCCACUACUCCCAGAGCUUUAGGGUUAGCUGUUCAUCAGUGGUGGUUUGUCAGCAGUUUGUGUUGGUGAUGGCAAUUCAGAGAGCACAUCGUGCACAGAGAUUGCCUUCCUUAAAUGACUGGCGCUGACCUGGAAGCAGGAGUGAUGGUUCCCCAAGCAUUUGGGUGGGAGUUACUGGGCUGUCUUAAGGUGUGAUAAGAGAUCAUGAGUAAAAUGGAUUUAAUUUGACUUUUCUGGCCCAUGCCAUCUCCUGUGUGUCCCUCCAGUUUGUGUGCUGCACCAGCUAGUCUGUCGGCCUUCCUUGUAGGGGACAUACAUGUAUAGACUUUCCUAAAUUCAUCUCUCCUCCCCACUAUCCACUCACACUGUGGCUUCCCUAGUUCAGUCAGGACGAGGAUAGUGUGAUUGCAGAUGACGGUUACUUCCUCGCUCCAGCCAUGUCCUCUGUGCCUUUAAAAACUCUAGUGAUGAGAUCAGUGACCAGAACUAGCACAGAAAAUUGGGCUUAGGGUAGGCCUCAGCAAUCAUACCUGUACUGAGUGUCCAAAUUUACUCUCAAAUCAGCCUUGUCAUUCAUGAUGUGAAAGUAAUAGAAUAAUAGCAACAAAAAUAAAUGUGCCAUUUAUAUAGUGUUUGAAGGUUUGCAAGAUACUCUACAAAUAUUUGUUUCAUUUUAUCUUCAUGACAGUCAAAAGGGAAAGGAAGAUAAGUGCUAUUAUUAUCCACAUUUUAUGGAUGAGGAAACAGAGACAUAACCUGUCCAGGUUCAUAGAUCUUUCUGACUGGAGAGCCAGUGCUCUAUCCAUGGUACCACCUCCCUUCUUAAAUAGUGAUUAAGACAAAUUCAGUUGGUGGGAGAAUUAAUUAAGAAAAUAGCUACUCAGACAGGAAAGAGUCUAAUUUUUUAAGUCUUAGGGUAAAACCUUACUUGGUCUGCCCUAGUUAAAGUUCUACACAUUACUCAGGGAUAUGACAGUGAGGCACAUUACCCUCAGGGUAGGUAUUUUCAACCUGGAGUCUAUGGAUGUUUUUAUGAAAAAUAAUUUCAAUGAUUAUCACAAUAGAGUUUCCUUAGUGAUCCUAUGUAUUUUACUUUAUGCCUUUAAAAACCUUAUUCUGAGAAAGUACAGGCUGCCAAAAGGGUCCAUGACACACAAAAAAGUUAAGAACUCCUACCCCUAGGCUAUGGGUUGGUCCAGUUUUGCUGCUAAGUAUGUAUUUCCUAUUUUGGUCAUGACUAUUAAUUGUGAAUGUUGCUGCUAGUGGAGUACUUUAAAGUUACAUGUUCUGUUGCUUUCAGACCGGCCUCUUUGAAUAUCCCUGGAGGGCUGGUUAACUAGGGGAUUGGAGCCUGUGGAUUCUAACUAUGGAGUGGUGGCAAAUGACAGUAUUAAUAUAUUCCUUUUUCUGGGGAGAAAUUCCAAAAUGCUUUAUAAGUGUUAUCUCACAUGUAUUCCAAACACCAAGAGGAAAGUAGGAGUUAGAAUAUAGCUUUUAAAGGAGAAAAAACUCUCUUGGAAAAAAUUGAUGAAACUAUAAUAGGGCCAACCCUAAAUCCUGAGUGCUCUUAUCUUGAUUUUUUCACCAGUCUAAGCAGAAAAGGAUAAUAAAACCUACCAGAGAAAACUGAAUCUACUUUAAAGGAGAAGAACAUUUCUUAAUAUGCUUUCUCUCCUGCAUAUACACCCACACACAGUGCACGCACAUAUGCACCUUCAUACAUUAAGAAUGUACAUUAUUUGUUUUUCUCAUUGGAUCCAGUGUAUCUUGUCUUGCAGAAAUGUUGCAAAAUAUCUGCAUUUUAAAAUUUUUAAAAAUUAGCCUUCAAAUCGAUGGAGUCUACUCAGUCUGUCAUUUACUCAGCACAUACUCUCUCUUUAUAUUUUUUAAAUGGUUGCAUGGUUGGUUGGGAGUCUCCCGAUACAACACUUCAUGCUAAACAAAGUUGACAGUUUAGUGAUGUGGAAGCCAUUAUCUCACCUUUGUGCCUCCAUAGCUAAGGCCUCUUGCCUUUUUCUAUUUCAUAAUAAAUAACAUUAGCAUUAAAGAACUUUUUAACACCUAUUGGAAACAUUAAAUAACCAGGAUUUCUUCAGACCUUUUAUGUAAGAUAUUUUAAAAAUGAAUGCAGUAACAUUUGGAUUCCCUUCAUUUUUUUUCAAAGUUUAUUAUUUGCUUCAGCCUGGCUGGAGAAAAAUGUUCAUUCAUUCCCAAUGUUUUUGAGAUGGGAAAAUGUGUUUGCUGGAAACUGUUCCAUAUUUGAGAAUAAAGACUCCAGUGACUUUUUCACCCCAAGGAGGAUUCUAAAGAACCUUCCUCAUCUCUUACUUGUCUUCCUGUGGUUCUAAAGCCAGACAGCAAGCCCUGAGUUAUUUUUUUUUAUUAUUAUUUUUGUCCAGACACCAGCUUUUAAAUAGAGGUGAGACUUAACUUAAAAAUAUUCUUUCUGCCUUUGGCUGGAAUAAGUGAUGAAGAUGGAGGAGCUUCUUCAGACAUGGUACCACAAGGGAGAUAGCUGGGUACAGGCAUUUUCACACAUCUGCUAAGGCACAGAGCACAAGACAAGCAUUAGUGCUCAGCAAUGUGAUGUGGAUUUGGGAUGAACUUUACUGAAUUUUGGUGGGUUAGGACAAAUGUUAUCUUGUUCCCAUAUGUUUUUUCAGAAUCUUGAAAGUGUGCACAUUUGGUUGAUAUGUUAGGAUACUUCUCCUCCUUUCCAUCCCUUCUUCUCUCCUCUCCUCCCUUUUCUUUUUCAGAUUCACAUAUAAUAAAAUCUGGCUAGAACAGGUAGGAACAGUGAAGUUCACAAAUCCUGUGGACUUAGUCUUUUCUCUGACCUUAUUAUUUUAUACUCUUUUGCCACAAAAAGGAUCACUUGUUGAUUUCAAAUCAGUUAAGAUUUCAGGAAACCUCUCGUGUACUGCCUUCCACCCUAUUCCACCUCAUUUUAUUAGUACCUUUCCUUAGUUGGACAUAUUUUCUACAGGUGGUUUGUUUGAUGAUUAUGUUGUGGGGAAAACAUCGUCAUGAUUCUUAAAUUUUUUUAUGUCUUCAAGUUAGGAAGGAAUCCAAAGCCCUUUUUUCCUUUGAUUGUCAACUCUGUAUUUAAAUAAGAACUAUUAAUUAAACAAGUAUUAAGCUGUUUCUCCCAUCUCCACAAAGAGGUCCAAAUGGAGAAUAGGAUCUGACCAGGUUCAUGUUGAUUACACGCUAUAACAGGAAGAAACCUAUAGAAUUGAAGAGUAAAGGAAAAUGACAAUCCAGAAUUAUUUCAUUGUUAAAGACAUGAAGUACCUUGCUAUACCCUGUGUUUUUCUUUUUUUUUUUUCUUAUAGCUUUUUUUGACAGAAUAUAUA